CAGGUGUCGCGGCCCCUUUAAGCUGCUUUGCUCUGGUUGCAAUCCCAGUUUCUCAAACCAGUCCUUUCCGGGGGGAGGCGGAGCCUGUAUUUGUUGCCCAGCCAAUCGAAGCGCGGCAUUUUCCGCGGGAGAUCCGAAUUUCGCGGCACGUAGUUUGGCGCUUAAAAAAAAAAGAAAAGAAGAAAAGAAAAAGGACCUAGCAAAACUCGGGGACCUGAGUGCAAACAGAGAGCGCAGCGGCGGCGGCCGGGAUCCCUCGAGUGUGAGCACACGCGUGUCCGCCGAGCUCGAGGCUGCCCGGGAUACCCGCCUCCCCGCGCCCUCAGGACCUGGGGCGUCCCGGCCCCCCGGGGGCGCGCACCCGGCCGGGCCAGCCCCUGGCAGUGCCACCCGCGCCUCGAGUUCUCCAAGCAGGCGAUCUCCCAGCGCAGCGGGGCUGGGCGGCGGGCCAGGAGGGGAGGGUCCGGCUUGCCCGGCGGGCGUCCAUUGGCGGCUCCUCCUGGCGUCCGCGCCAUGCCGCGGGCCGCGUGAGCCGCUGCAGAGUCCGCAGGUGCCCAGCGGGCGCGUCAGACCCGGGUGGGCAGGGGGCGCCGCACUCGCCAUGCUGCGCGGGCCGCGGACCCUGGCUCCGGCCACCGCGCCGCCUGCAGUGGGGUUGCGGGCUCUGAGCCCUACGGAAUUGUGGCCUCCUGGCCUCAGCAGCCCCCAGCCGUGCCCCGCCGGCACCACCACCACCACCACCUACUACGCCUCGCUUUACCCGCAGACAGUGGUGCCUCCCACUGCAACCCUGGGCAUCUGCCUGGACGCCACCCCCCACGGACCCGAGGCCCAAGUUGUGCGAUGUGUGCCGGAAGGCCGGCUGCCGGCCAAAAGGAAGCUGGACUUGGAGGGCAUCGGGAAGCCUUCGGUCCCUGAGUUCCGGACUCCCAAAGGGAAAUGCAUCCGAAUGGAUAGCCUGCCCAGCCCCAAAACCCCCAAGUCUCCUGGGGAGAAGACCCGGUAUGACACGUCUCUGGGGCUGCUCACCAAGAAGUUCAUUUAUCUCCUGAGUGAGUCGGAGGAUGGGGUCCUGGACCUGAACUGGGCAGCCGAGGUGCUGGAUGUGCAGAAGCGGCGCAUCUAUGACAUCACCAACGUGCUGGAGGGCAUCCAACUCAUCCGCAAGAAGUCCAAGAACAACAUCCAGUGGGUAGGCAGGGGACUAUUUGAAGACCCCUCCCGACCUGCAAAGCAGCAGCAGCUGGGGCAGGAGCUGAAGGAGCUGAUGAACACAGAGAAGACCUUGGACCAGCUCAUCCAGAGCUGCUCAAUGACGUUCAAGCGUCUGACGGAGGAUAAGGCCAAUAAGAAACUGGCCUAUGUGACUUACCAGGACAUCCGAGCUGUGGGCAACUUUAAGGACCAGACUGUGAUUGUGGUGAAGGCCCCUCCACAGACCAGACUAGAAGUGCCGGACAGGGCUGAGGAGAACCUACAGAUAUAUCUAAAGAGCACCCAAGGGCCCAUUGAAGUCUACCUAUGUCCGGAGGAAGUGCAAGAGCCAGAAAGUCCUGCCAAGGAGCCCCUCACCUCCACCUCUGUCCUGAGCCCCAGUCCCGACAGUGUCCAGCUCAGCAGCAACAUGGACCCUGAGAUCACAGAGAACAUCGAGUCCUCAGUGCUGAUGUCCCAGAUGGUCCCACCACCACCAGCGCCAUCCCUUGUCCCCUUGGAAGCUACUGACAACAUGCUGGAGCUGUCGCAUCCACUUCUGCAGCAGACAGAGGACCAGUUCCUGUCCCCAAACAUGGCCUGCAGCUCCCCUCUGAUCAGCUUCUCCCCACCCUUGGACCAGGAUGACUACCUGUGGGGCAUGGAUGAGGGUGAGGGCAUCAGUGACCUCUUCGACUCCUAUGACCUUGGAGAUCUGCUGAUUAAUUGAGUUGGCCCUGCCUGCCCAGCAGUCCUGCCUCUGUUUCUACCUCCUCACAGACAGAGUAACAAGCUCUCUGCCCAGAUAGGGAACAUUGGGACACAAGGUGCCACCCACCAGGUGUUAGUGGCGCUGUUUCUUGGUCUUCCUGUUGCUGGAAGUCAGCUAGGGAGAUGUGGCGGAUGUGGGUGAGGAGUGUAUCAGGGCCUGGAUCCUGACCUUCCUCUUCUAACCUCUAACCCCUCCAUGAAGGACAACAGGUACAGGGGAUCGUGUUCAGGGAAGGGCUCUGCUGCCUCCUUCUGAGGGGCGGUUAGGACCCUUGAUUUUCAAGAAGCACUUAAUGCUUUUGUAUUUAUUUCAGGUUGAGUUUUGUUUGUCCUCCCUGAGUUUUAGCAGGGAGAUUUGUUCUGGUUUCUCCUCAGAGGCCCACCCUUGCCUACUGUCUAGGGGGCUUCCCGGAGCCCAGGCCAACUCCCUGGUUCCUCCAUAGUGGUGGGCCAAAGUUGAGGAGACUGUUCAGUUUGCGCAAAUUUUAAUUGCACUUAGGCCUCAUAAUUCUAGAAAUUCUAGUAAGUGCCAGGCCCUUUGACCUCUGCCUGCUCUUAGCCUGACGUGUCCAGCCAAGGCAUCAGCCUCCAUCCCGGAGAUGGUUCCAGUACCUAUGCUGGGGGAGGUGGCAUUGAGGUUCCUAUGGAAGCAGGUAGCCAAGGGAGCCUCCUUCCUAUGGAAUUCUUUACCUCUCUGCCACCUUAGAGUAUAAAAGCAGUCACCUAGGAAUUAGCCAAGAAAAGCUGCGGGGAAAUGGGGCAGAUGUCAUGGCUGCCCAGGGUAUUUUUCCUCAGAGUCUCUGCCUCAUCCUGGUCAGAGACCCAGGAGGUGGAGGUGGGACUGGGGGCGGACCCCAUAUCCCCGAGUUGCUCUUGCUCCCCUACGAGGAUUAUUUUGGGUUUUGGAGAGGAAGUUUCCUUAAGGACCCAGGUCCCCAAGCUUUCAUAUCAGCCUCCAAGUUCAGAGGUGACAGGGAACUUGGUGGCAGGUUUGUGCCCUUCCCCACUAAAAUGCUGAGGGGGUGACAGGAAUGGUCUUCGCUGCAGACCAGGCCUCAGCAGCUAGUGAGGAUAUGGGUUGGUGUCUCACCUCUCCUGGUGUGGGCAUCAGGGAAGGGCCUCAGGCUUCACUUACUCCACCAGAAGCUGACCAUCCAGGGUCCCUGUGGUCCAGUGGGGGCCAGUAGUCUGCUUUUGUCCCCUACCCAUUCCUGGGAUGGGGAAUACUCUGGGCUGAACUCAGGCCAUGCCUUCUAGAGAGGGGGGCCACCCAGGGUUGGGGGUCUGAGAGGCCUUCCACCCACCCUCAGGGAGCUGGGGUUCCUCGGGGGCUCAGCAGGGCAGCACUUUUUAUUUUAUUUUUUAAGUUUGUAGCAUUAAUUUGAUUUAAAAGAUGAAGCUGGCUAUGUCAGGUAGCUCCUGAGCUGGUUGGCAUUUGAAGUUUGGGUGUGGGACUGAUGUGAGCUGACGCCCACCCAAGGGACAGUUUGCCUUGUCAUGGUCUCAAUUUCCUGGGCCCCCAAGUUAGCUCCCUCCCAGGAAUGAUCAGAGGCCCCCAGUUGUCCCCACUUGAAUUUUGUAUACUUUCACACUGUAUGUCCAAUUUUAUUGACAUUACAGUGUGACACUCUCUUCUACAAAGUUCACGCUCAAGAAUCGUGCAAUUGAGUUACCAAAAACGAAUCUCAUGAUGUUUUAAGUAAGUUUACAAUUCUGUGGAAGCCACAUUCAUAGUUAUCUGUGGCCCAGGCUGUAGGCUAGACAUACCUGUUAUAGGAAUGUCUUUGAUCUCCCCCAAAUGCAGGGUCUUAGUCCCUCUGAAAGUCCAGCAUGCUCCAGACCUCAGUGAUGAGGGUGUUGCCUGGUUUGAUGCACGUGUGGCUGGAGGCAGUGUUGCUGUUCCCAGGUCUCCCCUGGGCUGCCAUUUAGCCUUAUGCCCACUCCACGGACAUGCUUGACCUCUGUGCCUUGUGCUAUCCCUCAAGAUCUCUUCUAGAGUUCAAGGGAAGAGGGCUGCAGUGCUUGUCUGGAGUGAGCUUACUAAUGUAAAGUCUGGAUCAUUCUCUAAAAAAUCCAGCACAGGACUGGACACAGGACUUCCCAGCAAUUGCCUCUAGCUUUUCUGCCCUGUCCCCUUCCAAAUCCAACCUGGUUAAGGGACCACAGGCUCAUAUAGGAAACAAGCUUGUGCCACUUUCUUGCCAGUGACACUUGAGACCUUCCAAGUUCCUUAGAAUGCUUUAAAAAGAAUGGGAUGUGCCCCAUUUCCAACAUUUCUGAGUGGCAUUUCUGGAGGUGCCAUGGAAAUGUUAAUGCUGCUAGGGCAGGAAAGACACCAGCUUUUUCCUGGGGUGAUUAAUUUCUGCUGGGAAGUUUCCUAGCCCCACCAGCAACCCCCAAGUCACUCGUGUCCCCCAGGAUAUCAAAGGUCUGGGUUCUAGGAUUAACUUGUAAGUAGAACUGGAAAUUAAAAGAGCUUUCUUAACACCACUGAAGGUGUCAGGAUCAGUACCUUCAACAUGAUGGCGUGGCCAGCUAACCAGCUAGCGUGGCCACAAGGAGAGGGCACUCUUAAUCGCUUUUAGGGUGGUUUGACUUGAUUUUCCCUCCCCGUGUGUUCUCAGCCUCCCUUCUGCACAGGUUAGCAUUAGAGUGAGUUUGAGUCUGCCAGGAGUGGGAUGGCGUGUGGCUUGGCACACCUGAAGCCUUUGAGGUUGAUUAGAAGCAGUUUCUUGGCUUCUGUCAUUGUAUCGAGAGGGGUAUACCCUCUGUCCUUGUAUACUCAGCAGGGUACACCCUAUUCUCCAUGAGGUCCUCCGGGAACUACGAUGGCCACAAGUCUGCCAGCCUCUGACUUCUGGGAGACAUGAAGGCUUCUAGGUGUCGUUUGUCCUGAGGGUGCCGGAGGGAGUCUGGGGUCCCUGUGCUGGGCCUCGAUGUGGGCUACGUACCUUUGGGUUUUACCCUAAGUCCUGCCUUGAACACCAGCGAGUGUCUUUGUGUUGUGAUAAUUGGGCAUUAAACAGUGGCAG